UACGGUCUUGCAUUAUUCGUAAGCGCAGAGAUGUCUGGUCGUGGAAAGACUGGUAAAUCCAAGGGAAAGGCAAAGUCGCGAUCUAGCCGUGCAGGAUUGCAAUUUCCGGUCGGACGUAUCCAUCGACUUUUGCGAAAAGGAAAUUACGCUGAGCGCGUUGGUGCUGGCGCUCCCGUGUAUCUGGCUGCUGUGAUGGAAUAUCUGGCUGCCGAAGUACUGGAGUUGGCGGGAAAUGCUGCACGCGAUAACAAGAAAACCAGAAUUAUUCCCAGACAUUUGCAACUGGCGAUACGUAACGAUGAGGAGUUGAACAAACUACUCUCCGGUGUUACCAUCGCACAAGGUGGUGUACUUCCAAACAUUCAAGCGGUUUUACUGCCCAAGAAGACUGAAAAGAAAGCUUAACU